CAGUCUUGCUUCAGGUUUCGUCGGUAUCAUACGCGGUAUUUUUUUGGUUAAGGCGCGAUCGCUUGUGAUUUACAGUUACAAAAGUUGGAGAUUUUAAAUUUUCGUCGGCGCGUUUCCUUGUUCGAUGUGGUGUGAUAAUGAGCAAUAACUGCUUCUAUCAAAUCAUUCUUGUUGUGGCGUUUAGCGAAUUCCUGUGGCCUACAGCGGAGGCUGUGCGAUACGUACCAAAAUGGAAGAAACAGGCCUGUGAAAUCCCAUCCUCGCAGAACGAAUACUCGCACUACGUUUGCAACGAUAACGGUGACGUGAAAUGCCUCCCCGGGUGGACCGGUGAUCUGUGCGACGUCCCGAUCUGCAAGAAAGGAUGCGACCCUCUGAAUGGGUACUGCAAGCGACCGAACGAGUGCCGCUGUAAGCUGGGUUUCUAUGGGGAAAACUGCAACCGUUGUAUUCCGCUGCCCGGUUGCCAGCAUGGAGGCUGCCAGGUGUCGUUCGAGUGCGUCUGCCACAAGGGCUGGGAUGGGAUCUUCUGCUCGGAACCAAUCUGUCGGGCAGACUGUCAUCCAUCGCGUGGUUAUUGCGAAGCGCCUGGUGAAUGCCGCUGUCGUCUUGGUUGGGCAGGCCCAUCCUGCAGAGAUUGUCAGGUGUUGCCCGGAUGCGUCCACGGUACGUGCACCAAACCCUUGGAGUGCAAAUGUCUUCCCGGCUGGACCGGAAUUCUGUGCCAAAAUCCGAUUUGUGCCACGAACUGCAGUCGUCAGCAUGGUUAUUGCAAGAGACCCGGAGAGUGUCGCUGUCGGGUCGGAUGGAUGGGCGCGGAGUGCAAUAAGUGUCAUCCAUAUCCGGGAUGCAAAAAUGGAGACUGCCGUAAACCUUGGGAAUGUAACUGCAAACCAGGUUGGGGAGGUUUGCUGUGUGACGAAGAGUUGAACCACUGCGAGAAGAAUCCGGACACGUGUAAAAAUGGAGGAAAGUGCACUUCACUAAUCAAGGACGAUGGCUUCUACAAAUGCGAGUGUCCUUCCGGUUACAAGGGAAGGAAUUGUGAGAUUCUUCCACCAUCGAUGACAACUACUACGACAACAGCUGCAACAACGACGAGCACCACGACGGAAUCGACUUCAGUGGAUAGUGAAGAGCAAACGCAAGAGCAAGAACAGGAUCAGAUGUCGAAUUUAAGGCUACAGAUUGAGAAUGUCACUACACAAUACCCAGGGGAAGACUAUCUCAGCGAAGAGUUCAGCGCUGAGGAUUUAGACAAUGAAGCCUAAUAUAAUUUACGCGACUUCCCAAGAGCAUUUAUAUAUUUUAUAAUAUUUAUUUUACGUAUUUAUUAUACAAUAAAUUAUUCAACAAA